GAGAGAGAGAGUGAGUCAUGACAUGUUUGUUUCUGUUCUGUUGUCAGUCUGAUGGAUCGAGAGGUGACGCUCUUUGCUGAGAUGGACAAAGUCAAAGCAGAAGCAAUGGCGAUUCUGGACGGCCGUCAGAAGAGAGCAGAAGAGCUAAAGAGACUCACUGACCAAUCAGCAUCACUGAAAGAGGAACAGCUUACAGAACUACGAGCUGACAUCAAGCAUUUUGUCAGUGAGCGUAAGUAUGAUGAAGAUCUUGGUAAAGCUGUGAAGUUCUCAUUCGAUCUAGAGCCGCUCAAGUGCAGCAUCACGUCUUUUGGAUCAGUGUAUCAUCCUCAGACGAGCUACUCCAGCCGUUCUCGCUGCAGCUCCACCUCUUCCUCUGUCACAAGCUCCACCUCCGAGCUCCAGCAUCAGCCCUCUGCUUACAUGGCUCGCCCUAAUGUGCCACAUAAACAGGUAUUUACAUAGUAGUGUCACACAACACACACGUCAUUUAUCAAUCUAACAUCGUGCAUACGUCUCCCAUGUCUCAACUCUCAUAAACUCAUCAGUGAUCCUGAUUUGAGCACCACUUUCACAUUCACACCGUUGUGAUAGUUUAUAAAACAUAUUUACCCUUUUUACUGUUGUUACUUUUAUUACUGUAUAAUGUACAGAGAUUUACUUAGCCUAUUUUUGCUUCAGGUUCUUAAAGAGUUAGUAGCAUGAGGUCAUGAAAAUGACAUUUCAUGCAGUGUGUUAUGUUGCCGUGUUUGAAAGUAAGCUGUCUGCUAAGUUGUAAAUCCGAAGGUGAAUAAAUAACAAUUAUUGGCUUGUAAAAAUGGGAGUCGACUCUGAAUCAUGCAAACAAGACAUGAGCUAGUCCGAGUCUCUAACCGCCGCGUAUCUACGUCACUACACAUAGUCCCUGCCUACGUUUUGCUGGGACUGCCACGAAAACUUCACUACUAGUCUCUCCUCCCCCAAAACAUUGUCGCUCGUUCGUGAUGCGUGUGUAUCAUGUCUAGAACCUGUGUUCUACGUUGUGAAACUAAGUCCCGUCUUAUUUCAACUACCAAAGGAAGAACUUCUGAGCGAACAAUGGUUACAAUUCAUUUUUCAAAUGAUACCAAAGGAGUAUAACCCCAGGGUUUUACUGUGCGCGCGUCAUUUCACCGAAGAUUGCUUCAAUAAUCUUGGCGCGUUCACUGCAGGAUAUGUGAAACGACUAUCCUUGAAAGAGGGGCAAUACCAACCUUAUUUGGACCUGUUAGCUCCACCGAAUCGCAACAUGUAAGUGUGACUCUUUAUUUUUGUCUUAACUUCAAGAAAUAUUUGUGUACCUUAUGUCUGUGUUUAGCUAAUGCAUAUAACGCUAUCAUUUAGGGCUGCAACAACUAAUCGAUAAAAUCGAUAAUAAUCGUUAAUGAAAUUCGUUGUCAACGAAUUUCAUUAUCGAUUAUUUGGUCUGUGACGUCACUUGCGAGCUGCGCAGUUAUAAAUCAAGCACAUCUUCUUCCCUUUUAAAAUUACCGUUUUAGAUGUGUCUCUCCGUGCAGCAUGAGCUGCGCAGUUUUAAAGUCAGACGUGGUUCUCUGUGGAUGCGUCUCUUCGUGCAGCGCGAGAUGCGCAGUUUAAAAGUCACACGUGUGUGUCUGUGCUGCACGAGAUGCCCAGUUUAAAAGUCACACUUGUCUCUCCGUGCUGCGCAGUUUAAAAGUCACACGUGUCUCUCCGUGCUGCGCGAGGUGCGCAGUUUAAAAGUCACACGUGUCUCUCCGUGCUGCGCGAGGUGCGCAGUUUAAAAGUCACACGUGUCUCUCCGUGCAGCGCGAGAUGCGCAGUUUAAAAGUCACACGUGUCUCUCCGUGCUGCGCGAGGUGCGCAGUUUAAAAGUCACACGUGUCUCUCCGUGCUGCGCGAGAUGCGCAGUUUAAAAGUCACACGUGUCUCUCCGUGCUGCGCGAGGUGCGCAGUUUAAAAGUCACACGUGUCUCUCCGUGCAGCGCGAGGUGCGCAGUUUAAAAGUCACACGUGUCUGUCUGUGCUGCGCAGUUUAAAAGUCACACGUGUCUCUCCGUGCUGCGUGAGAUGCGCAGUUUAAAAGUCACACUUGUCUCUCCAUGCUGCGUGAGAUGCGCAGUUUAAAAGUCACACUUGUCUCUCCGUGCAGCACGAGUGACGCAGUUUAAAAGUCACACUUGUCUCUCCGUGCAGCGCGAGUGACGCAGUUUUAAAGUCACACGUGUCUCUCCGUGGAUGCGUCUCUCCGUGCGGCACAAGUUGUGCUGUUUUAUAUUCAGACGUGUCUCUCGGUGCAUGCAUUGCUCCAUGCAGCGCGAGGUGCGCAGUUUAAAAGUCACACUUGUCUCUCCGUGCAGCACGAGUGACGCAGUUUUA